AAGUAUCCUCACAACCUAUAUGACCUAUAUGAGGCGUUUUACUGUAUGCAUCAUUAGGCAGACACAGUUCUCAGGUCAGGUUUUAUAACAACACGCCAUACCAACGUGCAAGCAACGAGGACUGGAGGUAGACUGAGGAUGAAGAAGACUGCGAUUGUGGUGCACGGUGGAGCGUGGGCCAUACCGGACGCACUGGCAGAAGCAUCGGUGGACGGAGUCAAGUAUGCUGCCCGGGCCGGCCAUUCUGUCCUUACGAAUGGAGGCAGCGCUCUUGACGCUGUGGAAAAAGCUGUUAGGUGUUUGGAAGAUGACCCGGUGUUUGAUGCAGGUCAUGGUGCCGUGCUUAAUACUGAUGGAGAAGUGGAGCUAGACAGCAUCAUCAUGGAUGGGAAAACACUUGCCACUGGAGCCAUUUCCUCUGUGAGAAACAUUGCUAACCCUGUUAGUCUGGCACGUGCUGUGAUGGAAAAGACAGAUCAUGUCAUGUUGACAGACAGAGGAGCAAACAUGUUUGCAGAACACAUUGGUUUUCCAGCGGUCCAUGAUUUGGUUACAGAGACAGAACGUAAGGAAUGGGAACACUACAAGAAGUAUGCAGUCGGCGUCAAAGAGCUCUUCAACUCACAAAGUGGCCAUGAUACUGUUGGUGCCGUGGCUUUGGACUCUUUUGGCAAUGUGGCGUGUGCUACAUCCACCGGAGGAAUUCGAAACAAGAUGGUGGGAAGGGUCGGAGAUUCUCCUGUUAUAGGAUCUGGUGGCUAUGCAGACAACAGAAGUGGUGCAGUGUCCUGCACCGGACAUGGAGAGUCUAUCCUCAAAGUCACCUUAGCCAGAUUAAUUCUCUUUCAUAUGGAACAAGGGAAAUCAGCCACAUUAGCAGCAGACACCUCACUGGAGUACAUGAGAGAGAGAGUACAGGGAGGUGGAGGGGCUAUUGUUGUGUCCUCUACAGGGGAAUGGGCUGCCAGGUUUACCACACCACGCAUGGCUUGGGCCUCCAUAAAUGGGGACAGUCUGUGCUAUGGAUUAAAUCCAGGAGAAGAGUUAAUGGAGCCGAAAUGAUUUUCCGACAAUAGGGGUUUUAUGUUGCAUAUGUCAGAAGCUAAAUAACAAUAACAAUUUUAAGACUUUAUUUCAAUUAGUAACAAUUACAAUUUUAGUUGAUUUUGUUAGUUUGUGGUCAUUUGGGGUAACUGGUUAAAUGUAAAUAAUUAGAAACCUAAAGAGUUUGUUUUUUACAUGGCUAAAUGUAAGAGGCUCUUUUUCUCAAGGAAAAACAAAUAGUUCACAGCAUGGCAUGUUUUCUGAUGGGCUUGAAUUAUAUCAAAUAUGGUACAAUAAGGUUGUAUUAUUAUUAUUUAGUAAUAAUUAUUAUUAUUACUUUUAUUAUUAUUGAUAGAUAUUGUGCAGAUAUUAAAGAUAUAAA